AUGCCGGAUCUUACCCAAGACAAGAAGCUCGGCGCCCCAGAGGUUGAAAACCCAUACCUUCAGGCGGGCGGAGGUACAGCUUCGGCAACAUCGACAGCCCGCCACGUCGACAACCUAUCGCCGCUCCUCACCCAGUAUCUCAGGACUGUAUACACCGACAUCUCGAAGCACUACGAUUUGACGACAAAGGAAGGGCAACUGCGCUGGCUCACCGAAGAGCAGCAAUGCUCUGGAAAGGAUGCAGAGCUUCUGGCGGACGGGUCCUUUUCACACUUUGCAAACUACUUCAUGUCAGACUCCGCCAGUGUCAUGAAGCCACCGCUACCACUAGACGAGUCAUACCCAAUUUCAAACUACUUCAUCUCCUCGAGCCACAACACAUACCUCACUGGCAAUCAACUCUCAAGCGACGCGAGUGUUGAUGCCUACAAGAACGUCUUGAUGCGCGGAUGUCGCUGCGUCGAGAUAGAUGUAUGGGAUGGAGAAGUGCUCUCCGACUCAAGCUCGGACGAGGAAGCUGCCAUGGGUAACCCAGGAGCCGACAGUUUGAGGAAGGAAAAGAAAAAGUCAAAGUCAGGCCUCAGCAUUCGCAAGAGGUUGGCCGCGAAGUUUAGUAAGAAGGAGGAGCCCGAAGAGAAGAGUCACGAAGCAUCCCCGCCGCCUCAGGACGGCAUGCAGAAGAUUGAGCCCUGGCACUCGGCCUCCUUCACACAGCGAGCCGAGCCCAGGGUGUUCCACGGUUACACUUUAACCAAAGACAUGACAUUUCGAGCUGUGUGCGCAACUAUUCGAGAUUACGCAUUUACAGUGUCAAAUCUACCGCUGAUUGUCAGUCUCGAGGUCCACACCUGCCCAGAACAGCAAGAGAUUAUGGUUGAAAUCAUGAAUGAAUAUUGGAAGGGCAUGAUGCUUGAGGAGCCGUUGGAGCCAGCGCAAGACCUAGACAGCGUCCAUCUACCCACGCUCAAAGACUUGGAAAAGAAGAUACUUGUCAAGGUCAAGCGCGGCCAUACCACUCCAGUGGCUCCUACAUCACAACCAGCGACAACCGAUGCAUCGCGACCGCCUCUGAAACAUACCGAAAGUGCAGCUUCCGUCAACUCGGGAACAUCAUCAGAAGUCGGUCCGGAUGGCGAGAAGAAGCCCCCAGCGCCAAAGCCCAAAAUUAUCAAAUCUCUGUCAAAACUAGGUGUCUACUUGGCUGGUUAUUCAUACAAAACUCUCGAUGCACCAGAGGCAAAAAUCCCCACCCACAUCUUCUCGUUGUCAGAGGGGACGCUGAUGGAGGUUCACGAAACUGACCCCGAAGGUCUCUUUGGUCAUAACAAGCACUUCUUCAUGCGCGCAUAUCCAAAGGGUCUCCGGCUGACUUCAUCCAACUUGAACCCCUCCGUCUUCUGGCGGGCGGGUGUACAAAUUGUGGCUCUCAACUGGCAACGCUGGGAUGUUGGCAUGAUGCAAAACGAAGCCAUGUUUGCGGGCACCGCUGGAUGGGUUCUCAAGCCUGAAGGAUACCGCAGCACGAGCAACGCCGCAACACAGAAGACUGCCAUUCCUCACCACGACCUAGACCUGAGCAUCGAGUUCCUAGGCGGACAAGACAUCCCGCUACCCCCCGAGGAAGAUGACCCCAAGGAUUUCAAACCAUACGUCAAAGUUGAACUGCAUGUCGAGUCGCACGAAGAGCGCAACGCCGAGCCAGUCCCAGGCAAUGGAAGAAGCCAAAAGGGUGAUUACAAACAGAAGACCAAGACAUCGAGAUCCCCAAACCCCGACUUCGGCCGCGAAGUCAUCAAAUUUGCUGGCGUGCCUGGCGUGACGGAGGAAUUGACAUUUGUCCGGUAA